AUGGGGAAAGAGGAGGAAGAGAUGAGGGGUGAGAUUGAGGAGCGACUGAUAAACGAGGAGUACAAGAUAUGGAAGAAGAACAGUCCUUUUCUGUAUGAUCUGGUCAUUACGCAUGCCCUUGAGUGGCCUUCCCUCACCGUGGAGUGGCUUCCUGACCGCCAUGAACCAUCCGGCAAAGACUAUUCCCUCCAGAAGGUUAUCUUAGGGACCCACACCUCUGAGAAUGAGCCCAAUUACCUCAUGUUGGCCCAGGUCCAACUCCCCCUUGACGAUGCUGAGAACGAUGCCCGCCACUACGACGACGACCGCCCCGACAUCGGCGGCUUUGGCUGCGCCAAUGGCAAGGUCCAGAUCAUCCAGCAGAUUAACCAUGAGGGUGAGGUUAACAGGGCUCGCUACAUGCCCCAGAACUCCUUCAUCAUUGCCACCAAGACUGUUAGUGCUGAAGUUUAUGUCUUUGACUAUAGCAAGCAUCCCUCCAAGCCCCCUCUUGAUGGGGCUUGUAACCCUGAUUUGAGGCUCAGGGGUCACAACACUGAAGGUUAUGGCUUGUCCUGGAGUAAGUUCAAGCAGGGCCACUUGCUUAGUGGUUCUGAUGAUGCUCAGAUUUGCUUGUGGGAUAUUAAUGCCACUCCCAAGAAUAAGACCCUCGACGCAAUGCAGAUUUUUAAGGUUCAUGAAGGUGUUGUGGAAGAUGUGGCUUGGCAUUUGAGGCAUGAGUACUUGUUCGGUUCUGUUGGUGAUGAUCAAUACUUGCUUAUAUGGGACCUUCGAACGCCGGCUGUCACCAAGCCUGUCCAAUCUGUUGUUGCUCAUCAAAGUGAGGUUAACUGCUUGGCUUUCAAUCCCUUUAAUGAAUGGGUUGUUGCUACUGGUUCAACUGAUAAAACUGUGAAGUUGUUCGAUCUGCGGAAGAUCACUGCUCCGCUGCACAUCUUUGAUUCUCACAAGGAGGAGGUUUUCCAGGUUGGUUGGAACCCAAAAAAUGAAACCAUCUUGGCUUCUUGUUGUCUCGGUAGGAGGCUCAUGGUGUGGGAUCUUAGCAGGAUUGAUGAAGAGCAGUCACCAGAAGAUGCGGAAGAUGGUCCACCAGAAUUGCUCUUUAUUCAUGGAGGUCAUACAAGCAAAAUAUCUGACUUUUCCUGGAAUCCAUGUGAAGAUUGGGUUGUUGCUAGUGUUGCUGAAGACAACAUACUUCAAAUAUGGCAGAUGGCGGAGAACAUUUACCACGACGAAGAUGAUCUGCCAGAAGAGUCAACGAAGGCCGCAGCUUCAUAA